GCCUGAGAUUCAGGGAGUGUGCAGAAGUCCAAUACCUCACUCUGCUUGCACUGCUUCUUCUGUAUCUGUAGCACACAGGGCUCUUGUUUCAGGCUGAAAGGGGGGAAGGAGCUGCUUGUUUGAUCCACUCAUUUCUAAAGCAGGGUGUUUGGGAAAUCUUCCAUCAGCAUAAAUGUAAGGAGGGCGCAAAUAUAACCCACCGUGGAGAUAGCAGCAGUAGCUAUUGAUUUCUUGUCGUUUUCUGUACACUCUGCCCAGGAAGAAGACUUGUUUACAACACUUAACAGUCAACCUUUUUGCUGAUGCAAUGGAAGAAAGCAGAGCAAAUGAAUGAAGUGAAUCUCCCUGGGAUUGGUAUAUUGGUGUAUAUUGAGAUGAACAUAAGAAGGGAGUGGUUGCAACAUCACUGGUUGAAAGAAAACCAUCAUCUCUAAAGAAAAAAAAAUCAGAUAUUGAGUCUCUGCUGAAGCCAUGGGAUGUGGCACUUCUACUACGACAAGUCGGGUGAACAAAUCAGAGAGAGCCAUUAAAGCAGCUAUCCUCAUUCAAAGAUGGUUUCGGUCUUACAUGGUCCGGCUGGAGAUGAGGCGAAGAUAUGCUCUGAGUAUUUUUCAGUCAAUUGAAUAUGCGGAAGAGCAGGCUCAGCUACAGCUUUCCAGCUUUUUCACAUAUAUGCUGGACCAUUUUACUCAGCCCAGUGAGACUGAUCCAGAUAUGAACUCACAUUUUUCCCCAAGUGCCAGUGACUCCAGUAUACCUGGCUCAGAUCUAACUAUGGCAGAAUAUGAGAGAACAAUAGAGGUACCGAAUUCCUACUAUGGGCCUCGCCUAUGUUUCCCCCUCACUACUGCUGACACUGAUGCGAUUCUUCAGGCCUUCAAGCAUCAACAGCAACUUCAUGCCCGAUAUGUGCUCCAGCUGCUGCACGAGACCAGAAAAGUCCUUCAGCAGAUGCCAAACAUCAGCCAUCUGUCAACCUCCUAUGCCAAGGAAAUAACAAUCUGUGGUGAUUUGCAUGGAAAGCUGGAUGAUCUUUUGCUGAUAUUCUACAAAAAUGGCCUUCCUUCAGAAGAAAAUCCAUACGUUUUUAAUGGUGAUUUUGUUGAUAGAGGGAAAAAUUCCAUAGAAAUUCUUAUAAUCCUGUUUGCAUUUCUUCUUGUCUACCCUAACCAUUUACACUUGAAUAGAGGAAACCAUGAAGACUACAUCAUGAAUCUUAGAUAUGGUUUUACCAAAGAAGUUAUGAAGAAGUACCGGUCCUAUGGCAAAAAAAUUCUUCAUCUUCUACAAGAUGUCUACAGCUGGCUUCCUCUUGCAACUAUAAUUGACAGUAAAGUUCUUAUCUUACAUGGUGGGAUAUCCGACACCACUGAUUUGAAUUUGCUGAAUUUAUUUCAGAGAAACAAGCUAAAGUCUGUGCUAAAACCAUUGAAGUCAAACACAGAAACAAACUCUGAGCCACCACAAGGUGUUAGUUGUGUGGAAGUUGGUUCCCAUCCCAAGGAAGUCAACAAGUGCCUUUCUGGACAAGACAUCUUGAUCAAAGAAGGCACAAGGUCUUCAUCAGCAUCUAGUGGGAGAAGACAAGACAGGAGGGAUGUGACUGAUGUCAACAAGCAUCGUAACCUCCUUCCUGACAGAACCAGUUCUAGCCCACUCUUGGAAGUGCAAUGUCCUAAGUCCACUAUUAACACACCGUGCACAUCCCCAGAAUUAACAACGAAGGCAUGGAAGCAAGUGGUGGAUAUUCUCUGGAGUGAUCCUGUACACCAAAAAGGCUGUAUACCAAACAAAUAUCGAGGAGGAGGUUGCUACUUUGGGCCUGAUGUUACUGCCAGGUUGCUGAAAAAGUAUAAUUUGAAAAUGCUCAUCAGGUCUCAUGAAUGCAAACAGGAAGGCUAUGAGAUCAGCCAUAAUGGAAAGGUUAUUACUAUUUUUUCUGCCUCUAACUACUAUGCAGAAGGAAGUAAUCGCGGGGCUUACAUCAAACUCAAUCCGGAUCUGAUCCCUCGCUUUGUUCAGUAUCAAGUCAGCAAAUCCACACGGAAACAGACUCUUCAUCAGAGGGUGACUGCGAUUGAGCUAUCUGCCUUAAAAUGUCUGCGAGAGAAACUUUACACACGAAGAUCAGAACUCAUUGCAGCUUUUAGACAAUAUGAUCCAAAUUAUACAGGAAGGAUUUCUCCCAGUGAGUGGGCUUCAGCAGUGGAGUCUGUUUUGUGUCUAGCCCUCCCCUGGAGAACUCUGCGUUCUCGGCUGGUUCAUCUAGCCCGGGAUGGAAGUGUUGAAUAUCUUUCAUCUUUUGAUGACUUAGAGAUCAAGCUGCCCAUCAAAGAGGUUCAGCCAUCUUUGGUGGAAACAUUGUGCAGAUACAAAGCUGACCUGGAGAUAAUCUUUAAUAUGAUUGACAGAGAUAAUUCAGGUCUUAUCUCUAUUGAUGAAUUCCGCCAGACAUGGAAGCUCUUCAACCUGCACCUGAGAAUUAAUGUAGACGAUGACUCUAUUGACAAGUUAGCCCAUAGCAUUGACGUCAACAAAGAUGGUAGCAUUGACUUUAAUGAAUUUCUAGAAGCUUUCCAUGUGGUUCAUAAAUUUGAGAACAGAUAUAGCCAAUAAAGGAGUAGAAUUUACUCUGAAUUCCCAGCAAGGAGCUUCUCUGCUGUCACAUUUUGCUAAGAAACUUCAUGACUAAAUGAUGGCUGCCUUAAUACUGAGAAGAUGGAAUGAACAAUGUUUCUGGGGAAAAGACUGUGUGGAGCAGAGAUAACUGAGCAUGAUAAUUUGUCAACAGAUAUGGGACUAAUCAAGGGCAUAGCUACAAUUGAAUGGGGGGCACAGAUGUCUCCCCCCCCAACAAUGCUCCUGUUUGAGGAGAGGCCUAGGGGGCCAUUUUUAUUUUUUGUUCCAGGAUCCACUCCAACCCUGCUAUGCUUCUGGAGCUAAUGGGAGAGGGAGGGUGAGAGAGAGAGAGAGAUGGGGGUGGGGGGAGAUCUAAAAAUAAAAACCAUUAUUGUACUACAUUCUCAGAUGUAACUGCAACAGUGCCAUAUUGAGAGUCUCAGCAUUUAUUCUGAUUAUUUAUUUCUUCAUAAGGCUUCUUCACAUUUGAUGUUUUUCCUAUACAGGCAUACAUUGGUAUAGGGGAGAAAGCAUUAUAUACCAUUAUGUGUAAAAAGCGGGCAUACACUCAGGAGAGGAGACUGCCCCUUCUUCUGAAGUAAUUCAAAGCAAUGGGGAUGGACUUGGGUUUUCAUCAGAAGCCUUGUACCUACAAAGGACCCACUCACAUAAUUACUUUGAUCAUCUUUUCCCUCCAUAAUAACUGUACCCAAAUAUAUAAUCAUGUACAUAUGCUAUAAUCACAUGCUGACGUAAGGUAUUAGGGAGUUUUCCUUAACCCAACAUUUCUGGAGUAAGCUACAUUAGGAACAAUUUUGUUGAAUUAAAAAAAUAUUAUUACUAAACAGGAAAAUAUAGAACAGCAGUAAUUAACCACAAUUAAACAUCUGUCCACCUUCCCUGAUACUUGUAGGGAUUAAUUCCAUCUUUGAAUUUCUGGCUAGAUUGUCCAAGUGUAAGAUAUUUAAAACAAAAUGACAUUGAUACUCCACUACAUAGGAAUGUAUAUGAUACAUAAUUCAUUAAUAUGCCUAUAAGUACAAUGCAUGCCUGACUUAAUAUGACUAUUAGGCUUUACUAAACAGAUUAGGUAGAACACCACUCAGCAUACAGCAUGCAUUUUUUGCCCUCAGAAUGGUUGUAUUACUUACGGCAGUGCAGGCACGAUAGCAAAACAUUUAUUUCGUAGAGUUAUGAAGUGUCCAUUCACAAGAAUACAAUCAAUAAAAGAGUUCAUAUACCAAAAUAAUAUUACAAAAAACUUUAAGGCCAAUCUUUUCUCUUGGGGAAAUGAGCCAAUUUACAAAUCCCAAGCACUCAGAAACAAGGCUGAGUACUUCACGGUUGUUACAGAGUGGGUGGGGAGGAGAUUGAGGUCAAAUAAUAGAACAGGGUAGAGACCAGAGAUCUUCCAGUAAGACACUAAAAUCCUCUAAUGCUCAAAUAAUAAUAAUCCUGGAAAUAUUGACCCUUGCUUCAUUGCAAACAGUUGGCUGGAGCCGGUAGUGUCAGAAAAACUGCAUUCAAGCUGAAGCCAGGAUAAAACAUAAGCUUCCUUACACGGCAAAAAAAAUGUUGUUCUGAAUCAGACUUACUUCAUUUGGCAAACAUUUUGGUUGUCUGGGAAGAAGGAAGCUCAUUGGGGCACCAGUAGAGGGAGGUAAGGGCCUUACUGCUUCUUAGUUGUUCUGGGGACACACACACCCCUUAAUUGAACUUGCAUGCAUGCUGCUUUAUUUACAUAUGUUCUAAAUGUCCCUGAUUACCAGGGACAAUCCCUGUUUUCCAGUCUCUAUCCCUAAUAAAUUAUUCUCCCUGUU